AUGGCUUCUACUUCUUCAUCAACCCCUCCAUACAAAUAUGAUGUUUUUAUUAGUUUUAGAGGCGAAAUACGUUAUGGUUUUCUCUCCCAUCUCUCUGCAGCCUUGCAUCAAAAACAAAUCAAUGCCUUUACGGAUGAAAACCUUCGCAAAGGAGAAGAGAUCUCACCAGCUCUCUUGAAAAUAAUCCAAGAAUCAUGUGUCUCUAUUGUCAUUUUCUCUGAAAAUUAUGCAGAUUCUCCAUGGUGCUUGGAUGAGCUUGUGAAGAUACUUGAAUGCAAGGAAACUUUAGGACAAACAGUCCUACCAGUUUUUUACCAUGUGGAUCCAACUGACGUUCAAGAGCUGACUGGGAAUUUUGGGAAGGCAUUUGCAAUUGCUAUGCAUGGAGAACAAGUUAAAGGUCGUUUACAUAAGAUGGAUGCAUGGAAGCACGCUUUGAUGGAAGUAAGCAACUUAUCAGGAUGGGAUUCAGGGAAUAUCACGUAUGAAUCUAAAUUAGUUGAGGAAAUCGUCAAUGACGUUUUGAAGAAAUUUAUUGUUGGAAUUUGGGGGAUGGGAGGCAUUGGUAAAACGACUAUUGCGCAAGAAGUAUUUCGUCGAAAUGUGACAAAAUUUGAUGCUUAUUGCUUUGUUGACAAUGUUAAGGAAAUAAUGACACAACAACCAUCGAUUGUCGUACGAGAUAAAAUCAUUUAUCAGUUAUUAAGGGAAAAAAAUAUACAUGAAAACACAUUGGAUCUGAAUGCUUUUAUUGGGAGAAGGCUCCAAAGUAAGAAGGUAUUUAUUGUUUUUGAUGAUAUAGAUGACCCAAAUCAUUUAAAAAAAUUAGCAGGAGAGUGUGAUUUAUACAAUGAGGGAAGUAGGUUAAUUGUAACUAGCAGAGAUUGGCAAGUACUUAAAAAUGUUUGUUCAAGGGAAGGCAUAUAUGAAGUUGAGAAAUUAGUUGAUUAUGAAGAUCUUAAACUCUUCAGCUUGCAUGCCUUCAAACAAAAUCAUCCCAAGGAAGGAUAUAUGGAGCUAUCUUUGAAGGCGAUAUCCUAUGCUGGAGGCAACCCAUUAGCUCUUACAGUUUUGGGAUCUCAUUUGUUUGAUAUGGGAAUAGAAGAAUGGAAAAGUGAAUUGAAAAAAUUGAAAGGCGGAUCUCUUAUGAAAAUUCAAGAUAUUUUGAAAACAAGUUAUGAUGGGCUAGAAAGGAAUGAAAAGAAAAUAUUUCUUGAUAUUGCAUGUUUCUUCAAAUGGGAAAAUAUAUAUUCUGUAGAUAUGCAUGACUUGUUGGAGAAAAUGGGUAAGGAUAUUGUUAUUGAGGAAUGCAAACAACCUGGAAGACGCAGCAGGUUGUGGAAUUAUGAAGAUGUUCGUCAUGUAUUGACAACAGAUAUGGGAACUGAAAAUGUUGAAGGGAUAUUACUUGACAUGUAUAAGAAAGAUAACUUGGAGAUAAGCUCCACGGCCUUCAUGAGAAUGUGCAAUCUCAGAUUCCUCAAAAUUCAGUGUUAUAUUGGAGGACAAGUGCUUCUUCCUAACAACCUUAAAUUUCUUCCACAAGAGCUAAGAUAUCUUUAUUGGAAUUAUUACCCUUUGACAUCAUUGCCAUUAAAUUUUUGCCCCAAGAAUCUUGUACAACUUCAUAUGCGUUCUAGCAAACUCAUACAACUCUGGAAUGGAGAUAAGUCGCUUGGAAAUUUGAAAUUAAUAGAUCUCAGCUACUCUGAGCACCUGAUCAGGAUUCCAGACUUGUCUACUAGUGCUCCAAAUCUUGAGUUUUUAUUUUUGAUGGGAUGUAAAAGUUUGGUUGAGAUUCCCUCUUCUCUUCAAAAUCUGAGCAAGCUUACUCAACUAAAAUUAGAUGAAACUGGAAUACAACAGCUGCCCUCAUCAAUUGAGCAUCUGUCUCAACUUUUCAAUUUGUCCUUGAUUUGGUGCACAAGACUCGUGAAUCUUCCAAGCACGAUUGGCAAAUUAAAACGUCUUGAAGAACUUUUUCUCUGUGGAUGCUCAAAUUUACCUAGUCUUCCAGAAAGCAUCAAACAACUUACGAAGUUAAGACGGCUUAAUUUAACAGGUUGCAAGAGACUUAAAUGUUUACCAGAGCUUCCAUCAUGCUUGGAAUACUUAAAUGCGUCAGAUUGCAUCUGUUUGGAAUCUGCAUCAACUUCAUUUCUUUUCCUAAAACAUGAACAUGAAGAUGACAAUGAUGAAUCAGCAGAUAGAAGUGAAGAUGAAGAUUUUUUUGAAGAUGACAAAUUUCUUGUGUUUGGUGAUUGCAUCAAUUUGAAGGAUGAGAAUAAAGUAAUGGAAGAUGUUUUUGAAGCACAUCUGUUGGGUCAGAAAGUGAGUUUAUACAUGGCAGGAAGUGAAGUGCCAGAAAGGAUGAGAUAUAAGAACAAAAGUGGGUCCUGCCUUUCAUUCCGACUUGACCUUCGUCACUUAAUUGCCUUUUCUUUCUGCGCUGUUAUUCCCACAGCUGUUAUUGAUCCCACAAAUUAUUAUUUUGAUCUUCGAAAGGGCAUUACAUGUAGAGUGGAUUUCAUAGGAGAAUCUGGACAGAGGCACAGCCAUGAUUUCUUUUUAUUUGGUUAUCGACUGUCUUAUUUUAAGUAUUCAUCAGAACAUGUGGUGCUUUGGUUCAGUGAUAAUAAAUUCCACUCUAUUGAUGAAGAGUGUUUCGUUGAGGCCUCAUUUCACUCCACUGAAAAUGUAGUGGAGAUAAUUGAGUGUGGGGUUCAUCCUAUAUACAGUGGAAACAAAAAGAGAAGCAGAAAUGACGAGGAACAGCAACCAUCUCUUCAAAGAUUGGAAGAAUGCCAUGACUUUCUAAAUCUCUCGUGUCAUCCACAUAACAACACUAAAAGAAGAAUAAUAAAUUAUGAGGAAGAAGAGAAGGAAGAGGAGGCUUCUUCACUCGAUCUAAGUCUCUCUCUGUCUCUUCCUGGUUCCUCUUAAUUCCGACCAAAAUCUCGUCACUAUCACAUUGCUCUACCCCAUGAUAGGUUCUUACAACUGCAAAAUGCUCGAAAUCAUCUUCUCCGCAAAUCCAAUUUGGGCUGCUGACACACUAAAAUUCUUUUUAUCAUGACCUGCUUGACUCAAAGCUGUUCUUUUUUGGUGUUCUUGGACUGGUUCUCUUCUGGUUUGUUGUUCUGUGGCAAUUGAUUUCUUCCUUUGAAGCCACUUUUGGUUUUGGAUCUGUGUUAAUCGUGCUUGUAUCGGGUCUAUCGUUGGAGAGCUUGUGGAGACUUGGGUAUUGGCAUUCUGUGUUUGUUGUGCCCUGCUGAUAACUUUGGUUUCUCUUGCUGUCAAAUUUUUCAGAUUUGUUGGCCUAUUUGCUUGGAAUUUGCCUUUGGAACUUUAUUUGGGUUUGCUUUUUCUCUUUGAGCUAGCAGGUUCAGUCAAUUUUAGCAAGCGUCCAGCUAUGUUGCUUUAUAUUUCUCUUUAGUAUUGCCAUCAGGGACGUCCUCCCGUUGCUUUGUUUCAAGCUUUGGGCUUUCUUCAAUCGGCUGAAGAUUUUUUGUCUGGAGAUUUGGUUAGAUCGGUCAUUAAUCUUGGAUUUUUUGGGCUGGAGUUUCUGCUUUAUUUGGCUACUAUAGAAUGCUAGAGAUUUUGCAUUUUGAGUUGUAACCUUCUUGUGGUUGUGAAUUAUAUGCGUGAUCCAGUUCUGGGAAAGUUUGCUGCAUAAUUAUCCGGGUCAAUUGUCAGCGGCAUCACUGCUUCUAUGAGUUAGGCUGAUGCUUUUAAAGGGCCUUUUUCUACAGAAAUUGCCGAAUAUUUUCAUGCUUCCAUAUGGGAUUAUUCAUACAUCAGAUCUUAGGCUUCGUUUUGGUGAUUAGUUUGUCUAUAUUGUUGGUUCUGUUUUCUGUCUAUUGUACUGCAAUUUACUGAUGUUGUGCCUGUGAUGGAUGGUUUGUACAUCUGUCCAAGUUUUCCUCUUAGCUUGAUGGAUGGUCAGUUGUUUGGUUGCUUGA